CGACUCUCUAUAGUAUCAUCCAUCAACCUCAAUUUCAUCCCAGCCUCACACCAAUGACCACCUCCCUCCUCUUCCCGCGGCGCCUCGCCGCACUCACACUAUCAAAGCCCCUAUUCCCGAAACCACAAGCAGCAGCAGCUACCCGCACCCUCCCAUACCUUCACCACACCCAAAUACAACAGAUCCGCCCCCUAUCCCAAACCCCGCAUACCCUCUCCUCCCCCUUCCGCCUCAGCACCAACAACAACCCGAACACAUACGACCCCGAAGAAGGCGAAUACUACAGUCCCUACAAACCGAAACGUCAAUGGCCACCGGACAUGUCGAAGCUCUCCCCGAAGCAUCAGUUCCGGCUAGAACGGAAAUAUCGUCGUCGGGCGGCGCUGAAAUAUGCCCGGCCGAAGUGGGUUAAGGCGACGAAGAUUACGCAGUGGGUGGUUAUUGGGUUUGUUCUGGUGUAUGCGUUGCUGUUUAUGGAGUGGGAUGAGCGUGGGAGUCCGUUUGAUGAGAUUCGACGGACCUUCUUUGCGGGUGUCAAGGGUGCUUUUUCGACGCCGCCGCCGCCUCGUCCUGUGAAGAGGUCGGAGGAUGAGUCGGGUACGCAAUAAUCAGGUCAAGCCAGGUGCUGGAGGUUGACAACGGCAUAUCAUUAGACUAGACCACUCCGUUCAAUCUACACUGUAUAGUAUCCUAUCCUGUACAACUAUCAUAUGAUUGGAAUAUAAUGACAGCGAAGCUUAAGCCGCUCAUGUUGACAACAGUAGAACUAAGCAUACUCCACAUCGGUCAUGUCGUGCCUGCUAUAACGCAUCUGUCCAAGAAAAAGAAUGAUCGGCCUGACAUGCAAUCAAAGAACGUCAAUAUCGUCAGGUCUGUGGCCCUAUG